AUGGUUCCCUCUCACACCGCGCUUCUUCUCCUUGCAGCUACUUCUGCAACAGUAUACGCCGAGCAUCUGAAGGUUGUCUGGUCUGCUGGUGACUUUUCAACUAUUUCCGGUCCUGCUGGUGGCAAUACCAAUGGUCACUAUGCGGGCUUCGCCAUCAUUAAUGAUGCAGGCGAAGCGAUCUACAACGACGGCUUUCCGGCCGAUCAUUCUCCCUGCUAUAACACCGAUGGCGGCCGCGAGUUUACUAUUGAGGGUGCUUGCUGGAGCACCGCACGCAAAUUCAAGUGUCUAGCGGACUUCGCAGGUCAUUCUCAGGACUGCGAGGUUAAGGAUGGUGAUGGCAACAGUCUAGGCACUGGCGAAGGACAAACAGAUACAAUAUUCAUUGAUAUUGCUAUCGGUCAAGAUGCUAGCUGUGUCGUUGAAUUUGAAUCCGACAGUGACGGCUGCCCUGUUGACGAUGGCAAUGGGCCCCUUCACGUCACCUCCGGUUAA